GCAACGACCACGUUAGUCCCAGUCGUGACACUGGAUAGCUUUAGAAAAGAAGCAUUUAUUAUUAUUAUUACUACCAUUAAGCUGUCAUUUCUUUGUUUUUUUUUUGUUUUACUUUGCGCCACUACAUCGCCCGUACAGCACCAAACGUCUCACUGCCACACACACAGAACCGGCGAAUCUUUUGUUUCCUUACAGUCCUUCGGCAAACAUUUCAUCUUGCUCAUAGAUUUAGGUCUUGGCCUGUGUGCCUCUGGCUGUAUGCUUUCUUUUUUUUCCCCACCAUUUAAAUAUAUAUAUAUUCACUGUGCGUCUCUAAUUCGCCACAACAGUUCCAGUCAUCACGCACCUCAUUAUUAUUAUCAUUGCUAAUUUCUUCUCCUUUUUUGUCGUUUCUCUUCCCAAAACUUUUCUCUAUCUCGCUUGUCGCGUGUAAACAUCUGCUGGUGCAUCGUCGUUGCGAUCCUUUCGGCAUUUGAGUGUGUAUGUGUCGCUGCUUUUUAUGACGCUUACUCAGUGAGUCGCCACUCCACAACAAGAAGACGAACGAAUAGAGAAAGCAAGUUCUACUCAGCUACGUGGCUUUUUUUAUUUUUAGUGUAUGUUGGUUUCCAUUCAUCAGUUUUUGUCGGGAGGUGUUCUUCACAGAAGUCGCAAAGGAUUUCUCUGCGUGAAGCCGCGGCUAGACGUUCAUUAGCGGCAAUAUAUAAGCGCAUCUCUGGUGACCUCGCAAGUAAAACCGCCUUAUUAUUAUUAGUGUACGUGUGUGUCUGUCUUCCUCGCUCCCUUUGCCGAGUAAAUAAACGUGCUAUCUCCGAUAUCGCUCUGCGACAAGAGCGCAAAGUGUAUCACCCGUGAUUUGUAUUUCCUCUUUGAUAGUCUACGGUGGGCAGUUGUGCUUUGCUUUGGUGUGGGAUUCAUGUAGAUCAUCACCAUUCGCGGCAGCUGGAAGUAGCACAUUUCAUUUCUCUUUCUCUUUCUCUCUCACACUCAGACGUCAGCUGUAUUGAUGCCGUCCCACGAGCGCAUUAUUGAAGUCGGCGGCUUGCAGAACUACCGCGAUCUUGGUGGUUACCUGACGCGCGAUGGAAAACACGUGGUGAAGUACAAGCACGUCUACCGCGCCGACAACGUUAGCAGCGUCACCGCAGAAGGGAAGAAGCUUUUAAUGGAGAAGCUGCACUUGAAGUACAUCAUUGAUUUUCGCUGCCCUGCCGAGAAGGCGCGCAGCCCGCAGCGGUCGUGCUCUGACUUUUCGUAUUUCUCUAUUCCAAUCGACGCCUGCGCGGUGCGAGAGGAGGUGCAGAAGUAUCCUGAAGUGGACGGCGCCAUGGCAGAACAGAUGAUCCGUCAGGUGGCCAAAACAUUUCUCAUUGACUUUAAAGAGGAGUACAAGUAUUUCUUUGAGUUGUUGCUGCAUCAGGUGAAGGGAAAGCCGGCGGUGUUUCACUGCAUGGCCGGAAAAGACCGAACUGGGAUUGCGGCAGCGCUACUUCUGACGGCGCUCGAUGUACCGCCUGACACCGUCAUGGAGGAUUUUCUCUUCAGCAAUCAAUGCUGCGUCGCGCCCACGGGUGCAUCAAUGAAGGUGAGUCACUGCACGAUAACGCAGGACGCCAUCAACGUACUCUUUCGUGCGCAGCCGUACUUUCUCGAAUUGGCCUUCGGUGAGGUGCGCAGGCGAUACGGCUCCGUCACGGCGUACAUGGAGAAAGAACUGGGGCUUGACAAAAAGCACCUUCAGCAGCUCCGUGGCUACUACGUACGCCCGAAAUCUUCGUCAUGA